GUCAUGAAAGUCAAAACAAAACAAUCUUUGGCGCUCGGUUUGAUUAUUUUUAGUUUUUGCUCAGAAAUAAGUAAAAAAAAUAACAGAUUAUUCUUAAAAACUUAGUAUAUAUGAUGCCUUUUAUUUAGAUCAAAGCAGUAAGUGAGUGAGAGUUCGAAAAUGUGUGACCACGAAAUCCUGAUUGAGAAGUGCGAAGACCAUCGGAAGAUUCACCACAAGUUCCUCCGGAUGUUCGACAACGUAAUCGAAACGGUUCUGUGUAUGCAGACUCUUAUGGCCGACCUCAACUCCGGCUACAACGAAAUGCUGGAUCUGCUGAAAGCGCCACCUAAGGUACUUUCAUCUCCUUCCCCACACAAGCGCCGGAAAGCUCAGUCCUUCGAUUCGCCAUCGUCGGCCACGGUCAUCCGGAAGAAGGAAACGCCUCGGAACCGGAGCAACCCGGAAGUGUCGGCUUCCAUCCUGGACCAGAAUAUAGACUUCCCGGACACGGAGGAUUCGUUUUUUGCCCUGACUCAAAGCCCGUCCCGAAGGGAGCCUUUGUCACCGGUGAAAAUACAGCUGGAGAAUGUCCCCAAGACUCCACCGAAGAAGGAUCCGGUCCGGGUGGACGAGUGUAAGGUAGCGGGGAGUGAUAAGAAGAAGGCGAAGAAAAGUAUUCUGUCCUUGAGUCGGUUUUCGAGUAGCUUCGAGACGUCGCCCGAAACGAGCAAACAGGCUGCAAUGCUUCCGAUGCGCCAAAAGCUGGCCACUCCGAAACCGAAGGGUCAGGAGCAGGAGAAUUUGAUGCCACCGGUAGGGAAGUGGACGGCGAAGAAGACGACCCCCGGCAGUAGCGGCGGGAAGAUGGAUAUUUCCAUGCGAAAGACUCCGACCAGCAGUUCGAAGAAGGAUGGAUCGCUGUUGAACCGAACUCGAAUGCGACAAACCAAGCUGAAGUUCCCGGACUGCAUGAACAAAUCUUUCGCGGACGACGACGAGACCUAUUUCGAGGAGUUUGUGGUUCCCAGUCCAACUUCGACUACGGCGCUCAGCGGCACACGGUUCCUGAAGAGUGCCAAGAAAAAAGAGCAAUCCACGCUAAUUGCCCCGCCAAAGUUCAAGGCGAGGGAUACUCCUGGCGACGAGGACUUCGAUAUCGAUCAAACCUAUUUCUCGGAAGCGGAAAAGGGUCUGAGUCGAUCGAAGCAAUUUGCCCAUCCGGUUCAGCCAGCACCUCGCAUCAAAUUAGAACCCUUCACGCAGAAAAAAUCUCCUUCGAAGUCUUCCAAACCAUCCCCGGUUCUGGCGAAAGACUCACAGGACUCCGAUACGAGCAGUGUUCUCUAUGUGAAGCCCCCCUCACAGGACGAGAUCAUUACGAUCGAGGAAACACAACCGAACAAGACCGAUCUGUUUAUGAAAGCCAUCCGAGAGGAACGCCGAAAGGAAGACGACGCCCGGAAGUCGGUGCUGAACGUCAUGGGACCAUCCAAGCGGGACAUUAAAAAGGAAGAACUUAUCCCACCGAGAUCGGACUUCAAUCUGUUAAGAAAGCCCUUGCUGAAAAUGCCCCCGGCAGUCCCCAAUGAACGACGCUGUUCGGACUGUACGAGACAAUUUCAGCAUUUGCUUAAUUGUGGCCACUCGACGGACGUGGCCCGGAGUAAACUGCCCCAGAACUGCCGCGAAUGCCGAUUGGCGCAGCUGCACGAGACUCCCCCGGGGUUCUGGAAUCCGGAGUUUACGCCAACCCAACUCUGACCAUUGCCAGACGUGCCAUUCGUUGAUAACUUAUUAACUCGUUUACUUAGCAAUAAAGAAUUUGAAUUUGAUUCAGA